AAAAACUGUCACAAGUUCACUCAACAUCGAUGAGUCAACCAGUAAAGUUCUAACAAUAAGUACUCCUUAAAUACAUAAUUAUCCCUGAAAUCUUGAAACCACGUCACAAAUUAGCCAUGUCUCUCCUCAAACGUACAAAUCCUUACUGGAUUCCUCCCAGGCUUGUCGUCAAAGGCGCAGCUCUAAGUCAAAUGAUCACUUCCUUUGUCGCCAUGCUCUGGGCAGCAUUUAUUUACAUCACUGGAGAACGCGACAAUGGUCAUAUUAUCAUCGAUGAGGAUUUCGUUGAUGACGAAGUUGAAGGAAAAAUUAAGGGGAUCGACAUUUAUCAGACAACAGUACCUGAGGUGUUAGUAUUUUGCCUCAUUGUACUCCACGGCCUGGUCACCGUCUUCAACGCCAGAUUGUACAAAGCCGUUAAUACAAAAAAUCUGCAAAAUUUGUACCGCUCCUGGAUAACUUUGUGCUGUGUGGGCUUAAUGAAUUUCGUUGGCCGUGUCGCUGCCCACUGCGGAAACGAGCAGGCCAUCCAAUUUGAAGAGGCAAUGUUCAGCAAUUCUACAUUUCUCGCUCAUCUGUACACAACCUGGGCGGUGUUCCGAGUCAUCGAAGAGGUCAAAGGGCUGGAUGGGAGGAGACGAUCAGACAAAUGUUUCGUAAAUAAGAAGAGAGUUCACAAAGGGGCGAGAAAACGUUAUAAAUUUGGUGCAAUAAUUUUCGUUGGGGUGAUUUUUAGCAAUAAUUUUUUGGAGAGUUAUUUAUUUCAUUAACUUUUUUUUUACACAUUUUUCAACAUGGUUUUAAAUUUUAACGAGUUGAAACUUGCAAAAUGUACAUCAUCGUGAAUUUGACAUAAUUUUAUAAUGCGUAAUUACUUACUAGAAUUUUUUAAUUUUAUGAAUAAAAAUCGAUCAAUUCAUUCGAUCGAACUUACAUA